AUGGUACAGACAGUAGGGAGAGUUUUGUCAGAACCCCGUAUAUUCACUGCAUUGUCUCUGUUUCAAACUGCAACGAUCGCUCUUCUUCUAAUCGCGUUUCUUCAAAACGCUGCGGCUGAGAAAAGAAUUCAACGUAUCGUCAAGCAUCACGGCGCGGUUGCCACCGAUGAUGGUCGGUGUUCCGACGCCGGAGUGAUGACACUUCGCGGGGGAGAAAACGCAGUUGACGCGGCGGUUGCUGCUGCGUUCUGUCUGGGAGUUUUGAGCCCCGCAUCAAGCGGUAUAGGCGGCGGAGCGUUUAUGCUCGUGAAAGAGGCUGGUGGAAAGGAAAUUGCUAAUGACUCGAGAGAAACAGCUCCUCUCAAAGCAACCGAGAACAUGAAUGGAGGCAAGGAUGAUCUAAAGAAGCAAGGAGGCUUAUCAGUAGUGUCCGGGCUAUUCGCCGCUUGGAAACGGCACGGGAAGCUGCCGUGGAAGAAGUUGAUCAAACCGGCGGAGAAACUUGCGUCUAAAGGUUUCGAGAUAUCGAGAUACCUCCACAUGCAGAUGAACGCAACUCGCGGGGCCAUCUUAGCGGACAAAGGUCUCUCUGACCUGUUGGUUUCAAACGGGGAGCUCAAGAAACCCGAAAUUGGCUUUGACCUUGAGGCAGAUCGCAGAAGCUAUAGGGUUAAGGUUAAAGAGCCUUUAUCCGCAGACAUUCUCGGGUACAGACUUCUCGGUAUGCCUCCUCCUUCAUCCGGUGGUGCUGCGAUGAUGUUGGUUUUGAGAAUUCUUUCUCUUUAUGGGAUUCCGUCCGGAGUCUCAGGGCCUCUCGGGGUUCAUAGACUAGUUGAGGCCUUGAAACACGCUUUUGCGGUGAGGAUGAACCUCGGGGAUCCGGAUUUCGUUGAUGUUACUAAGGUUGUUUCGGAUAUGUUGUCUCCAAAGUUUGCAAAAGGCUUGAAGAAAAAGAUAAACGACGAGAAAACCUUUGAUCCAAAACAUUACGGCGGCAAGUGGAAUCAGAUUGAAGAUCAUGGGACAAGCCAUUUGUCGAUCAUAGAUAGCGAGAGGAAUGCUGUUUCGAUGACUAGUACAAUAAACGGUUACUUUGGGGCAUUGGUUCUAUCUCCACGCACCGGAAUUGUUCUGAACAACGAAAUGGAUGAGAACCAAUGGUAA